GGAGGAGAGCUGUUUCUGUCUCUAGUCGCUGUACGUCGUCGUGGUCGUUCCCCUGAGUGCACUGCUGCGAGAGGGUUGGCUCUUUGGGGACAGGAAGAGCAGAGUUUGCAAUGCGACCUGAGCGCUGAGUGGAGUAUGCUGCAGACGAUUUACGAGAUCGAGUCAAAUUUCUCCACCACAACAAACAAGCUCGUUGGCCACCAGCGACUCUUGGACCAGCAGAAGAUGCACAACGGUAACUCAGUGGACAUUAAGCCAGAGGUACUUUUGGACCCCGUGUCUCCGUUGGACCUGCGUACAGACCUGAGGAUGCUGGGGCCUGGCUCGGACCCGGGAAUGUGGGAGCGUCAGUUGCAGCAGGAGCUGCUCCUCAUCCAGAAACAGCAGCAGGUCCAGAAACAGCUGCUGAUCAGCGAGUUCCAGAAGCAGCAUGAGAAUCUGACCCGCCAGCACCAGGCCCAGCUCCAGGAGCACCUCAAGCUGCAACAGGAGCUGAAUGCCAUAAAGCAGCAGCAGGAGCUGGUGGAGAAGGAGAGGAGGCAGCAGCUGCAGCAGCAGCAGAGCCAGCAGGAGAAGGAGCAGGAGAGACAUCGGAGGGAGCAGCAUGUCCUCUGUCUCAGCCUCAGGGGCAAGGAGCGCACCAGAGAGAGUGCUGUGGCCAGUAAUGAGGUGAAGCAGAAACUCCAAGAGUUUCUGUUGAGUAAAUCAAACAAGGACCUGUCCACUGCCGGAGCCACACACACACUCAUCCACCACCCCAAGCUCUGGUACACGUCCUCCCACCACACGUCUCUGGACCAGAGUUCUUCUCCUCUGGGAGGCAUGUCUCCUGUCUGCCACUACACACUCCCCUCCGCUCAGGACGGACAGGACGACUUCCCACUGAGGAAAACAGCCUCAGAGCCCAACCUGAAGGUGAAGUCUAGACUGAAGCAGAAGGUAGCAGAGAGGAGGAGUAGUCCACUGCUGAAGAGGAAAGACAGCAACGUCAUGACCCCCUACAAGAAGAGGGCCCUAGAAAUGAUGGACUCUACAGCCACUAACAGUGCCCCAGGCUCAGGACCCAGCUCUCCCAUCGGAGCCUCCAGCGCCCUGGGGGCCGAGAACGGGCCCUCCUCUCUCCCCACCACCACAAAAACCGAGCGCUGGCCAUCACAGCCCAGGUUAUUUCGUCCAGAGGGCUCCAUGUCCAACCUUCUGAGCUUAUACACGUCUCCCUCCUUACCCAACAUCACCCUGGGCCUCUCCGCCACCUCCUCCCAGAUCAGCGCUGCCAUCGGGCUGAAGGAGAAGACUGGGGAGGUCAGGCAUGGUCUACCAGGGCAGCUCCUGGGGCCUGUGCCCAUGCCCACGGUGAUCUCCAUGGAGACCAAGGUGUCCCCCAGCCAUCAGGCCCUGCUCCAACACCUCCUUCAGAAGGAACAGAUAAGACGGCAGAAGAUCCUCUCCUCCUCUGGUCAAGGCUCCAUGCCCGCCCACCCCCACUCCCCUCUGGCCAUGAAGGACAGGCCCUCCUCCAACAGCAGACCCAAGCUGCCCAAGCACCGGCCCCUGAACCGGACCCAGUCAGCCCCUCUGCCCCAGAGCACCCUGGCUCAGCUGGUCAUCCAGCAGCAACACCAGCACUUCCUGGAGAAGCAGAAACAGUACCAGCAGCAGAUCCACAUCAAUAAGCUGCUGUCCAAGUCCAUCGAGCAACUCCGUCAGCCCAGCUCCCUGGUCAACCCACACCUGCAGGAGUCAGAGGAGGAGGAGGAGGACAACACCCGGAGGAUGGAGGAUGAGAGGAUGGACAUGCAGGAGGACAGGAUGCCCCCUGGUGGCGUGAUCCAGAAACACACCCUUCGCUCCAGCAGCAGCAGUGGCAGCAACGGCUCUCUCGGGGAGCUGUCCGCCAUCGUAGAGGCCCACCACCGCCUGGGGGUCAUAAAGGUCAAAGAGGAGCCAAUCGACAGCGAGGACGAGUCCCUGUCCAAUCAGAGCCUAGUGGCGGAGCAGAGUGCCUCACUCCACCAGGUCAAAGGUCAGCUGGUGAUAAGAGCCAUGAUCUGAGAGGGGGCAGAAGAUGAAGGAAAUCACACACUGCGACAUUCAGAGACGCAUACGUACACACACACACACACACACACACACACACACACACACACACACACACACACACACACACACACACACACACACACACACACACACACACACACACACACACACAGAGCCGACUAGGACUCCCCAGGCAGUCCUCUCCCUGCCCUGAGAUGUGACGCUGUCUCAGUGAAGUGCAGCCGCACCCCAAACCCCCACCAGACUGACUCUCUGUUUGUGAACUUUGUGAAGUGAUCUGUAAUGUUAAGUAUGUUUCACCGUGCUGUAUAUAACAUGAAGAGAAGAUUUACUAGAAGAAUGAUCCUUCUUUUUUUACUUCUAAGGAACUGCUUUGAUUGUUUUCAGGUUCUGCUCAAUUGACAGAAUGUAAUAUGUAUACAGUAGAUUUAGCGUAAGAGAAUAUUCUAGAAGGGAGGGAAAGUUUAACCGUUGUACAGUUUAUGAAUGCCAUUUUAUGUUCCCAUAGUGUAACAUUUAUGCCAUCAAUUCACUUCAACUUUGACUUGCUGACUGUUGUUGUUGUUUUAUUCAAAAAGAAAAAGUAAAACGUCAUAUUCUCCGUCGUUCUCCAAAAAGCUGUGAUGUUCUGUGUUCAGUGGUCUCUGAAAAUGACAUGAAAAUAAGGAAGCAUGCUCAUGUCUGUAUGAGAGAGAAUGUAUUGUUCAACCUUAACACAACACAGCCCACCCUUACGACUGACUACAGCCAGCCUACACUGGGAAUGAGACUGUUUAUUGAUGUACAGUACUGCAGAGUGGAGGAGAAAAUGCUAAAUCAGUGGAUGGAUGGAUGGAUAUAUGGAUGGAUGGAUAGAUGAUGGAUGGAUGGAUAUAUG